AUGCACAAUCUCGGCAUUGCGGCGGACACCAAGCAAGAUGGUGGUGGUGGUGGUGAGAUCCCGCUUCAGGCUGUGGAUGUGGAUGUGGAUGAGGAAGUGGGCGUUCAGUACCACGAUGACCAAGGUCCAAACCGCAGUCGUACUACUACCACCGGGGUAGUUCGAGGACUCAAGUCCCGCCACAUCCAGUUCAUUGCGCUGGGCGGCACGAUCGGCACCGGUCUCUUCCUGGGGAUCGGGUCGGCCUUGACUCGAGCAGGGCCGCUGUCGAUUUUCCUCGGAUAUACCAUCACAGGCACCUUCAUUUGGAUGAUGAUGCAGGCCCUGGGGGAGAUGACGACCUGGCUCCCUCUGCCUGGGGCGAUUCCACAAUUUGCCGCCCGCUUCGUUGACCCAGCGCUGGGAUUUGCCGUCGGCUGGAAUAACUGGUACUUCUGUGCCAUUGCAGUGCCUGUCGAGGUCUCGGCGGCGGCCAUCCUGAUCGGGUACUGGAACGACAGCAUCAGUCCAGCGGCGUGGAUCACGCUCAUUCUUGGUCUGAUCAUCUUUCUCAAUGUGUUCGGCGUCGCCAUCUAUGGAGAAGCCGAGUUCAUCUUUGCGUCACUGAAGAUCAUCACCAUUGUCGGACUCAUCAUCUUGGCUCUGAUUCUGGACCUUGGCGGCGGGCCAAAUCAUGAUCGUUUAGGGUUCCGGUUCUGGAAACACCCGGGCGCCAUGAAGGAGUACCAGUCCAAAGGGUCCACGGGGCGGUUUCUGGGCUUGUUUUCCGUCUUUGUCAAUGCCGCCUUCUCAUAUGCCGGAGUCGAGUUUGUCGCCGUGGCCGCGGGCGAGUCGAGGAACCCGCGCAAAAACAUCCCAAAGGCAGUCCGACGCAUCUUCUGGCGCAUCUUGUUUUUCUAUUCCCUGGGCGCCCUGGCAGUCGGGGUGCUGGUGCCCUACGACGAUGAGAACCUCUUGUCGGCGCAGAGCGCGAGCAUUCACACGGCCGCCGCCUCUCCCUGGGUCAUUGCCAUCCAGAGAGCCGGCAUCCCGGCUCUUCCAUCCAUCAUCAACGCCGUCAUCUUGACCUCUGCCACGUCGUCCGGGAACGCAUUUCUCUUCGCCGGCGCGCGCUAUCUGUACGCCCUGGCGGAGAACCGGCAAGCACCGCGCAUCUUUCUGCGCACCACCGCCAAAUCCGGCCUGCCGCUGUAUUGCGUGCUGUUCACCGCCUUGUUUUCACCGCUCACCUACCUCUCUGUCUCGUCGGGUCCCAACCAGAUCUUCCUGUGGUUCCAGUCGCUGACCACCAUGGCAACCCUGCUCACCUGGAUGUCCAUCUGCAUCGCCUACCUGCACUUUUACGGGGCCUUGAAACACCACGCCGUCGACCGCUAUUCGUCGGUUCUCGUCUUUCGUGCCCCCUUCCAGCCCUACGGCACCUGGAUCGCUCUGGCCUUCUUCCUCAUCAUCAUCAUCUUCAACGGCUUCGCCGUCUUCAUCCGCGGCAACUGGGCCACCUAUGACUUCGUUACCGCCUACAUCGGAAUCCCCAUCUUCGUCGUCUUUUAUCUCUUUUGGAAAAUCGUAAAGAGGACAAAAUAUCGCUCCGUCUCGGAGAGGGAUAUUUUCACUGGGAAGGCCGAGAUCGAUGCUCAAGACUAUAUGUGGCAGGAACAGCCCCCGAAAAACAUUGUCGAGAAAAUCUGGCGUUGGAUCGCUUGA